AUUGUCUCCAAGUUCAGAAGCCUAGCUUCUGUGCUUCAGGACAGGGCCCUGGCCAGCAGGCUGACCCGAGGCAGCAGAGGUCCUAACUGCCCAGCCCAGCCGGGAAAAUGCAAGCCAACCCUAUCCGCAUUCCAACCGUUAGCAAUGACACCGACUGGGACUUCUGCUUCCACCUGUCACAGCAAACCAGGAACCCCGCACAGUGUACAGAUGAGUUGUUUGCUGCUUGUCAGUGUAAAGAGACUGAAGAAGACACCAAGGUCCAGAAAGAAGGCGUGACUGCUGAUUGUAUGUCUUUUCCGAAACAGAAGCUGGCUCAGUGCCAGAGGAAAUAUGAUCAGCUCAUUAAGGAGAAAAUGAAUAUCAAAGCAAACAAGGAGCUGAUUCGGUGUUUCAUCCUUUCUCAGAUUAUUUUUGGGAAAGAACACUGGAAGUGUGCUCAGGCUUUAGCCAACCUGGCUUAUGGUUACCUGACUCUGAGAGGCCUCCCAUCUCAGGCCAAGAAACACGCUGAGUCGGCCAGGGGCACGCUGCUGACCUGGAAGCGAAACAUAAUCCCAGACAAGGAGAAAAAGGAAAUCCUGGGAGCUCUGGUCAUGCUCUACUAUACUCUGGGGAUCGCCUGGCUCCUGCAAAACCGAAGCAAACAGGCGUAUAUCCACCUGCAGAAAGCAGACAGAAACAUGAAGGAACUGAAAGAGUUAAACAACGGAGGCAUUGAUGGAAGCCAAAUCUCGGAGAAAGACCUAACCAUUGCUUUGGGCAGAGCCUCCUUGGCCAUGCACAGGAUGAGCCUAGCUCUGGCAUACUUUGAAAAGGCCAUUGGCAAUGUCAUCACUGCCAAGGGACGUGGCACAUCAGAUCUGAUUAGUCUGUAUGAAGAAGUCGCUCAGAUUGAGCAGCUGAGGAAGAACCAUGAGCAGGCCAUCCAGUAUUUGCAGCAGGCCUACUCUAUCUGUGUUUCUUCGUUUUCUGAAGUCAGCCCCCAAACCGCUGAGGCGAGUGCUUUACUGGCUAAAGCUUAUGCCAUGUCCGGAGAAUCCCAGCACAGGGAUGCUGUUGAGAUAUAUUUCAUAAGGAGUAUUAGUGCAUAUCAGAUACUGGGCUCUGACAACUCUAAGAGUCUCACCACCAUUGAAGACUUUUGUACAUGGCUCCUCCAAAACAGCGAAAAUCAUGAGGCUUACAGACUGCUAAUGUGUACACUGAAUUCUGGCAUCUAUGGUGUCUGUGGUGAAAAAGUAGCUGAGACCUUUUAUAAUAUGGGCAGCAUCUGUUUUGCCAAAGGCGAGCUCAGAAAGGCAAUUCGGCUGCUAAGGAAGUGUCUGAUGGUUCAAAGUCUUGUCUAUGGAAGUGAGCACAUCAAAAGCAGAGAGACUAAAAGCCUCCUUACCCUGUUGCAGAGGGCAAGUUCAUCCAGAUGGAAAAGAGAAACUGCUGCCGGAAAAAAGAGAAGCGUAUGCAGAGACAGAGUGGAAUGACGGAGGGCAGUGCCUGGAAAGAAUGGCCUUCCGCUAUCAGUGAAUUGAAAACUCUACAUAAGACAGCCAACAAUAAAAACAACUGGUUGCUAGCCUGAACGCUAGAGCACAAAAUUCUUUUAUCAGCAUGGACGACAGUGGCAGAGCCAAAGGGGAAGAGAUUUUUUUUUAAACUAAGGAUUCCUGAGGAAAUUCUUGUGGAAAAAGUUCCACCUAGGAGCCACUGCAGGUGGGAUACAUAAGAGCUCUUAGAACCGGUCGGGGGCUAUAACUUGGUAAAGAGGUCUUCUUAAUGAUGGCGCUCUGUCUAGGUUGGACUUCUCACCUCUCAUGUGUCUCUCUCAGGAAUUUGUGCUUAUUAUGACUUACCAUCUUCCAUUUCUUUUCUAAUUGUAGUUCAUUCCUUUAAGUCCUUGCCCCCACCCUCCACCCCUCUAGAUACUAUGGGCUGAACAGAACCACGUGCUGGUCCAGUACUGCACCAUAUCCCCAGUUCUGAGUUUUUUAAAAAAUUAGACAGUACCUUACUAAGCAGUUUAUCGAUGAGCAUCCUUGGAAGUAGUGUUAGUCACAGCCUGUUUAAGGCUAUUAACACUGCUUUGUGAGUAAUGUUGGGGUCUCCUGAGACAUUUGCCGUGCAUGAUCUGACGAUGUAUCAGAAUUAGAAUAGACUUGAUUUUAUAAAUGAAAAGAUUGUGGGUAGGACAAGAGAAAUUAAGGGUUUUUUGUCUAAGGUCAUCUUGGCAGUUAUCCCUGGAUUAUAGCUGGUUGUUCCUUCCACACUGCCUCCACCUAACUGGAGUCAAAAAUCUUUAGGAAAGGGUCUGCUGGUGAAGGUGGCUGUGCAAGCCCGACUGCCUGAUUUCGGUCACUGAACUCAAAAAAAAAAAAAAAAAAAAAAUCCCAAGCUGGUUGUGGUGGCACAUGUCUGUAAUCCCAGCCCUCCUAGGGAGGGAAGAGAGGAAGAGGAGAAUCACCUGGAAGUAGAAGCUGUUAGCCAGUUAGCCUAAAGCAUGCAGCACUGCUCUACAUAAGAUAGACUAAGGGAGACACUGUAUGCUCUACCUAAGAUAGACUAAGGGAGACUCUGGCCCAGCCAGGUCCACGGCAAGAGCGGAUUCCAGAGCUGUCUCCUCACCUCCACACAGGUGCCAUGGCGUGUGCCCCCCUCACACAGAAAUAAGCAAUAAGUCUUUAGAAAAGGAAGGCUGAGAGAUUUGUGAAGACAUUCCACAGCUGUUGAAAUAUCUAGGAAAGAAGUAGGCAUUACUAAAUCAUAGGAUUUUUCAUGGGUGCAAAGACAAGAGAGAAAUUUCAUAGUUGUUUAUACAACUUUAAAACUUCUCCUCGCUUCACCCUGUUACCUGAACUGACUUUGGGGAACGCGGUGUCUCACUACCAACUACCCUACCACUUAGGACUCACUCACAGGACAUUUUGGUUUUACAUUUGUUCAGUCUGUAAAAUCCAAUAAUCACACAAUCCCAAAGUGACAUUUGGCUGUGGCCAGAGCCUGCGUGCACCAUAUUCUCAAGGCCAGCCCACAGACUGGCAGGUUUUCUCCCAGCAUGUUUUAGUCUGGCACUCAGAAUCAAUGUCCUUGGGUGCUGUCCUGACUCUUCUUUUUGUCAUUGUUUAGUGGUUUCUUGGCUUGUCAUUGUUCGUUUUAGCCCUGCCUGGAGAUGGGACAUUUGCUGGUAUCCAGAUGUUCCACACUGACUUCAGUCAGCUUGGGAUAGUCGCUUCUACUCCCACACACUAGUUUAUGGGUUUGACAAGUGUAUAGGCGUGAGUGAAUCCACCAUGGUAACAUACUGAGUUGUUUCACCAACUUGAAAUUUUCACUGUUUUGUGAACCAUUAAGAACAGUAGAAAUGUUCAGCAUAGCAUAACCUAAUUUAAAAUGGUGUUCUCUUCGGAAAACUAGGUAAGUAGCAACCUUUCUAAAUCAGUCUGUUGGAAACCAGUGACAGGGAUCACACAAUUAAUUAUUGAUAUUUCUCCCAUCCAAGUACUAAUGUGUACUAACACUGCUAAGCUUCUGAGACCUACUAGAAUGUGUAUGUUUGGGGUGGUAUGGCUGUAGACAAAUGCUUCUUGCUGCUAAUGGGCCUGAGCUACACAACUCUCUUGAAUUAGCUAACAGGCAGUGGCAUUUUUGGGUGUGUAAGGGUAAGCUAGUUUCUUAUGAUCUUCAUAGCAAGUUAGAAGAAAUCCAAGCCCAAAUCAAAAUCUGCCAUAUUGGACACGUUUAAGCAACCUGUCCAUAAGCUCAGAGUUCCACUUGUAGGUUGAGACAUCCACACACUUUCUUAUCAAAGUUCCACUUGAUCAGAAACAAGACAAUAUACAGUGUACGCUGGGAGAGAGGGGUUAGCAGAAAGCAAUUAAAAAUUCCAAGUGUUACAAUAUUGUCUUAACUAUAAAGGAAAAGUGUGCUCCCUCAAGUGUCAAUGGCUGCCUUUCAUAAUUACAGUUCACAGUGGCUCUCCUUCUAGUGUUCAUGGAAACAGAGUAUUCUGACACUUGGGAGAUUGUUCCUUCCCUCUUAAAACACACACUACCAGUUCAAACAUAUCCUGCUUGUAGCUGCUGGACACCCUGAGAAUGUCUGGGAUUCUCACAAGUCAUCACUACUAACCCUGGGCCUUAGCCACCUGAUUCAUUUCUCCCCAAGCCAGCUCUCUGCAGGGUUGUGUGUGCUGCUUUAGGCUGGGACAUUCCAAAGGCACCCUCACGUUCUGGCAGAUAGCACCGAAUCAUUUUCAAUCAUCAGUUGUCUUGGGUAUUUUUAUUUGGGGACAGGAGUCAAAAUGACUGGAAAAACAGGUAACUGCCAGGAAUGCUGAAUGAAUAUAGCAAUAGAAUGACAGUGUUUUCCCAUGAUAAAUACCAUACCCCAACUAUUAGUACCUAUUUACACUGAGUUGCUAGUACCUAGCACAGUGAAGUCUGAAACUUCAUUUUAGUUGUGUAUUUUUUCCUACUUAGAGUGCUUAUCCUACAAUUUAAUAUUGUUUUCUUAGUGACAAAAGACUAUAUGCAUCAAAAACUAUUUUAGUAAAACCUACUCAGGAAAAUACAAAAAUACUUAAUGGCUGGUUUCAAUUUGGUCAAGAGGCUUCUGUAGACAAACGGAAGGUGUCUGGUGCUAACUGCAUCAAGCAGCUCCGAGAACAAGAAAACCUAUAACACUGAAGGAUAUCUGUACAUGGUGUUCAGGGAAAAAAUAAUCUAUAGAUAUGGGCAUGGUGAUACACAUAUGUAAUCCUAGUACUCAGGAGUAGAAGGCAGGCAGAGCUCUAUCUACAAAGACAAAGGCUAGUUACAAAGGCUAGCCUGCCUGCUCUACAAAGGCAGCCAGGGCUGUAACACAGAGAAUCCCAUAUAAUGUGUGUGUGUGUGCCUGAGUACAUAUAUAUGUAUAAAUUCUAAAGAUAGUCAUGGAGAGGAGAAUGCUGGAGAGAUGGCUCAGAGGUUAAGAGCAUUUGUUACUCUUGUAGAGGACUGGGUUUUGGUUCUCAGAACCCACAUGGUGGCUCAUAACUGUCUUUUACU